AUCCCUUUUAACGAAAAACCGCACACACAACCCUCUCAAUUCAUCACAUCAUGGGCGCCGGCAGCUCCAAGCCCGAGGCUUCGGCCGGCUCGAAACACGUUUUCACGAGCAACUCUCCCGUCCAGUUCUCCUCCAACCUAGUUGAGUCCCUUCAGAGCAACACCGAGACCGAUUCCUCCCGUGCCAGAGCCCUCGAACUGCAGAUCCAAGAGCGCGUCUCGGAAGAACUGGAGCGUCUCCGCGCCCGCGAACAGCAAACCCUCGCCGAGAUCGAGAAGCGCCUCGCCGAAGUCAAAGAUAGCGCCUCCUCCACAUCAGCCUCCACUUCUUCGUCCUCCUCCCCCAACAUCGCCUAUCCUCCCGGCUCCCUGAACCUGGACGCGCCGCGCAUCCCCUUCGCCGGCCGCGAAGCGACGCCCGCCCCGGCGCCCGAGAACCAGAAGCCGAUCAACCUGGACGUGUCGCGCGACUCGGUGAACUCAGAGAUCGAGGAGCUGCGCGCCCGGCUCGAGGGCCGGCGGCGGUUGGCGCAGCUGGACGAGGGCGUCGAGAAGGCCAAGGCCGAUGUCGUUGGUUGCCUGCGGUUGAAUGACCGGCGGCCGUUGAACUGCUGGAAGGAGGUCGAGAGCUUCAAGCGCGAGGUCGCUAAGAUGGAGGAGGCGUUUGUGGAUCGGAUUGUGGGUUGAGAGGGAUGCUUUCGUGGUUCAAAGAGAAACGAGUCAAAAAAACUCCGGGCUUGGGGGAUUUGGGGGCCCGAUGUUAUAGUGGCCUGAUCAAGGGAAUCUUGGGCUUGCGUGUACGUGUGUAGAGAGAGAGGAGUG